AAAGCAGUUUAAAGACAACAAGGAAUUAAUCAGUGGACAGUUAUUGCAUUAACAGAAGAAAAGCUAAACACGUACGAUAUUAGGAUUCAGAUUCUGCCAGAUCAAACGCCAAGAAGUACUUGAACACGCAGAGCGCACAACUCCAAAUCCAAAUCAUUACUAAUUAAAUUAGAGCUUCUAUUUUCAAAGAAUUUUGAGAAAAAUCCCAACAAGUUUCCUGCAAACAUGUAUACAACAGCAUCAUCAGUUAAGAAGAUGAAGAACAAGAUAAAAUUUAGCGACGAACAAAUUCGGUCGCUACAGACGAUCUUUGAUUCUGAAACAAAAAUCGAGCCGAAGAAGAAGGUCCAGCUUGCAAGAGAGUUGGGAUUAAAGCCUCGACAGGUUGCAAUAUGGUUUCAGAAUAAGAGAGCCCGACGGAAGACGAAGAAACUCGAGAGAGAUUACAGCAUACUAAUGGCUAAUUACAAUAAUCUUGCUUCAAGAUUCGACGUCUUGAAGAAAGAGAAGCAGUCCUUGCUUAUACAAAAGCUGAAGGAAAUUGAAGAGAAGGCUGGAAACAGCAGCAAUGGUGGAGAAUCAACCAUUGCCAAUGGAGAAAAUAUCAAAAGUGAAGUUGAAGCAGCAGAACUGAAGCCAUACCUAUCAGGAAAACAUGUUUUUUCAGUCGAUGAAAACAGCAUGAGAUCUGCAGCAGAUUAUUUGAACUGAAUGGAUGAAGAAACUGAGCUUCUGAAGAUAGUGGAAGCUGUUGAUAGUGUUAGAGAGAUGGCUGACAAAGGAGAACGGAUCAAUGGUCAAUAACAUAUUUUCAAGAUUCUGCAGAUUGUUUUCAUUUAGUUGAAUUAGUUCAAAAUCUGAGAUAAGGUUGUAAUCUUUAGUUAUUGUUGUUUAUAUCACUUGGUAUACUCCUUUAUUUACUUAA